AAGCCACCUCGCGCAGCUUCCGCACGUGCUGCCAAGGAACUCGGAAUGCAUGGGACCAGCAACUUUCUUUGCUGGACGUCCGUGACCGGCCUGGCACUGACCAAAUUGAGGUCGUCGACAGCGUUCGUCGCUUUCUAACCCGUGGCGGACGCCCCAUCACCCUCCGUAUCGGAUACCAUGAUGUUGGCAAUCCUAAAGCGCUAGCGAAAGAAGUGCUCCAGGCGUUCCUGGACGUUGCGGCGGAGCAGCCGGACUCAAGUAUGACGACCGCACAUCUCAAGCUGAACGCCGGCAGCCUCACCCCGGAUGUGGGCCGGACCGCGGCGGCCGCGCUGCCCUCGCUCUCACAGCUGUCGUUGAUAAGCAACCGUUCGAAAGGUGCAUGGGACGCAGCGUUGCAGGGUCUGGAGGCUCUGCUGCAGGGCAGCGGUGGGCAGGACGGCAGCGCGCCGGUAGCGCCGCCGCUGCGGGAGCUGUGCAUACACGGGAUGGGGGAAGCGGGGCCGCUGCCGCCGCAGCUCGUGGCCAGCCUGGCAGCCUGCACUUCGCUUCACCGCAUCUUCAUGGACUGGGACUCGGCGCACGCGGGGUUUCUGCGGCAGCUAGGCAGCCUGGCGCAGCUGCAGCGGCUGCACGUGGGCACCAUGCCUAUGCCGCUGGUGUCCGAGCUGCGGCCGCUCACCAACCUCACAAAGCUGGAGUUCUACCGCCCUCGCGGCGUUGCCUCUGCCGCGCAGCUAGCUUGCUUGCCGGCGCUGCGCAAUCUCGACCUGGACUGCGGCCUGCUGGAUGCCCGGGGUCUGGAGACGCUGACGGGGCUGACCUCGCUCGCGGUGGGCGUGCUGCUGGGGCCGGAGCACAUCGCGGCCCUGCCCGCCGACCAAGACGGGUUUGAGCUCGGCAUCAGCCUGCCAGAGAACGGCGCCGGGCUGUUGAGCGGCGCCCUGCCGCCGCUGGAGCUGCCGCUGCCGACCUACCAGCUGCCGCCCCGGCUGGUGCAGCUGCGGUUCUGCAUCGCGGCGCAGUUCGUCGAGGUGCUGGCAGCGGUGCAGCCGCCGCCUAGCCUAGAACGGAUCCUGUUGCUUGACGGAAACGGCGGCGGCGACUUCCUGCAGCUACCGCUGCUGCAGGGGCGGCACGCCGUUACGGACGCGGCGGCCGCAGGCGGCGAGGGGGAGGACGGCGAGCAGCCGGCCGGGCCGUCGCUGCUGCCGGCGGCGGCUCAGGCGGUGCAGAGCUUCGCGCGGCAGCUGGGCUCCCGCUUGCGCGACUGCAGCGAUGUGCGGGUGGUGUUUGUGGCUCCGCCGCCGGGCGAUGGCUGGCUGGGAGAUGACACGCCGGUGCUGCUCCCGCCGCCGCCGGGGUGGAACCUGCCACCGGGGCUGUGGGCGCGGGGCGUGCAGGAGGCGCCGGGCAGCCACGGGGCCUGGGUGUCGGGCCUGGCUGGGAUGCCUGGCCUGCGCGGGCUGUGGCUGCAGGGCCUGGCGCUGACGACGGCCGACCUGCGGACCAUCGGCACCGCCUUCACCGGCAUCCAGGCGCUCUCGCUCCUGGGCGUGAACCUGCGCUGCUGCCCCUACGCCUCGCUCCCGGCGCUGGGGCCGCUGCUGCCGCGGCUGCGCCAGCUGCGCCUGGCCGGCGACCCGCUGCUGGCCCCACGCGACGAUGCGCACAGCUCGACGUCCACCACCUUAUACGGUGCCGUGGCGGCUGUACUGGCCACGCUCCGCAACUCCGGUGGCGCCGACGUGCCUCGCAUCAGCAGCGCCAGCGCUGUCAGUAGCAGCAGCAGCACGGAUGGCAUGGGCUUCCGGGGAGUGGUAGAGCUGGUGUGCGGCUGCGACAUGCCGGGCGGGUACAGCGAGGACUUGACUGUUAUUGCCCUGGCGACGGCGAUGGCGGAGGGCGUGAACGAAGCGCUGAAUGUGAUGGAGAACGCGGGCAUGGGCGAGGAGGUGGACGAGGUGAAUGUGCGCGUGGCGUGGGUGGCCACCUUGGACCCGUUCGACACGGACAGCGCGCUGAUGCAGAUGAACACUUACGGCUGGGUGCCGCAGUGGGAGGACUAGGAGGCUGGCAGGAUGCGAGGUAUCAACAGAGUGCAGAGAAACGCAACGAACGCUAGAUGCGGCUCGCUGAGGAUAGCUGCUGGAGGAGUAGGAGGCCAGGAGGACUAGCAGGCGAGGUGGACUAGGAGGCGAGGGCUAGGCAGGGUUACGUUGGGGGCGUGGGAACAGUCCAACAUCCCUGCUACCUCACACGGGUUGACGGCGGUAAUCUGCUGACUUCCUGCUUCGUAACUCCUAGCUUAGGCAGAAUUACUUCAUAACGGUUUGCUACGAAUGGUGCAGUAAACGGGUAGGGGACCAGGGGGCUUCCGGCUUCGCCCCGC